AUGAUUGAGAAUAUGGCAAAAUCAUCAGCAGCUGCAAGUAAUGAUAAACAUGGAUAUGAUGAUGUCAUCUUUAGUGAUAUAUCUGAUACUGAUGAGCAAGCAGCCAAAAAAACGGAAUCAACAACGAAAACUGACAAUAAAGAUUCGGCUGAUAAAACAUUCUCAACAGUCGCCUCGACGACACACACUCGACCAUCAUCAUCAUCAACUGAUCCAAAUGGCAAAAAACGAAAACGAAGAUGUUGUAUACUAAUGUAA